AUGUCCAUCCGGAGACUUCGAGGCGACCCUAAAGCACUGGGGGAUGUCACUAUGGUGACGGAGGAGCUGAGGAAUCUUUACUAUAAAAGACUGCUGCCGAUAGAGAAGUACUAUUCCUUCCACCAGUUCCACUCUCCGAGCUACGAGGAUGCAGACUUUGACAACAAGCCGAUGGUGCUGGUUAUGGGUCAGUACUCAACAGGAAAAACUACUUUUAUCAGGUAUCUGAUUGAACAAGACUUUCUUGGUAGCAGAGUUGGACCAGAACCAACCACUGAUUGCUUCACAGCCCUCAUGUACGGAGCAGCGGAGGGCGUCAUACCGGGGAAUGCCCUCACUAUGGAUCCCAAAAAGCCAUUUCGGAACCUUGACCCUUUUGGAAACACUUUUUUAAACAGGUUUCAGUGUGUGCAGAUGCCUAAUCAGGUCCUUGAGAGCAUCAGCAUUAUCGACACGCCGGGGAUUUUAACUGCAGCGAGGAAAAAACUAAGCAGGGGGUACGACUUCCCAGCCGUGCUGCGCUGGUUUGCCGAGCGUGUGGAUCGAAUCAUCCUGCUGUUCGACGCACACAAGCUCGAGUUCUCAGAUGAGCUCACACGGGCCUUCGGGGCUCUUUUUGGCUACGAGGACAAGUUACGAGUGGUUCUGAACAAGGCCGACAGGGUGGACUCGCAGCAGCUCAUGAGAGUAUAUGGCGCCCUCAUGUGGUCAUUGGGAAAAGUGUUUAGAACUCCUGAGAUUUUGAGAGUUUACAUCGGAUCCUUUUGGUCGGAGCCGAGACUAAUGUGUGACCACUAUGAACUGAUAGAACUGGAGGAGGAGGACCUCAUGGCGGACAUAAGAAACCUACCGCACAACGCCGCUGUGAGAAAACUGAAUGACUUGGUGAAGAGAGCCCGACUUGUGAGGGCCCAUGCGCACAUUAUUAGCUAUUUGAAGCAAGAGAUGCCAACAUUUUUUUGCAAAGACAGCAAGAAGCACAGUCUGAUCUACCAGCUUCCUGUCAUUUUCACCAAGAUCCAGCAGCAACACCGAGUUCCAGCGGGAGAUUUCCCCGACUGCACCAAGAUGCAGGAGCAACUUCUGGGACAGAAUUUCUCAAAGUUCAAGAAACUAAAACCAAGUCUGAUGUCUUCCCUUGACAAACUCCUGAACAAUGACAUCGCAAACCUGGUGCCCAUGCUUCAGCAACAAGAACUGAUAAAGAAAUCCCUCCCCGCGGUGCUGGAUGGCGAGUUCCUGGAAACGUUCAGCGGCGAACACUACAAGAGACAUCCCUUCAAAGAAUCCAAGGAUGACGACGACAGCAAAUGCGACUUCAAUGAGUGGAUCGUGGAGAGACACAAGCCAAAGUAUGACGAGAUCUUCUACAACCUCAGCCCAAAUGAGGGCAAACUCAGCGGUGCCAAAGCCAAACAGUGGAUGACCAAAACACUUCUGCCUAGUUCAGUGCUUGCACAUAUCUGGAGGCUGGCAGAUGUUGACGGAGAUGGUAUGUUGGACAAUGAGGAGUUUGCUUUGGCUGUUCACCUUAUUGAAGGCAAACUAGAAGGCCAUUGGCUCCCGCGUGAGUUGCCCUCUUGCCUGCUGCCGCCUUCGAAACGACUAAAUAUGACUGAUAAUGACAUGUAG